GAACGCAAACUUAGAGCGUUUCAGUUCAGCAGUUUAAACUAUCUAAUAUUAUGAUGGAUAAGUGUCUACAAACAUUAUUGUUAACAGCUUGUGCUGUUAUCACAAGUGCACAGAUACCUGGCCAAGAUUUCCUGAUCUUCGCAACCACAACAAGUUCAACGCCUACGAUAGGAACAAGGCCAACUGCGCGUUCCACUGGAGAUUUUGUGCUGAUCAACAAUAUGCCAGUGUUAGCCACAAUGGCACCUUUUGUCGACGCCGCACCGGCUCCAACACCUGAGUUUCUAGACUGUUAUGGACGUUGUCCCACAACGGCGGAGUAUAAUCCCAUCUGUGGCAGUAAUAGGCAACUAUAUCUCAACGAGCAGAAGUUCAACUGUGCUCGGUAUUGUGGUGCAGACGUACAAAUUGUAAGGCGAGGCAGCUGCCAAGGUUUAUUUCCCAUGCAACGCGGCUGAAACUACACUGACAAAAA